CUAAUGUAGUGCACAUAGCGCAUAGCACGAAAAAUCAAUGCAUCCUUGUAUCUCUGAUCGACCUCUGGUGCUGAGAGUCGGUUUGUGCAUCGCUUUCGCGUCUGGUGUUUCGAUGCCCCGACGAUGGACGCGGUCGCUGGCAAGCACUUCGGCGCGCGCCCUUGAACUCGAAGAUGGGCUGACGCGCACACGUGAUCGCGUAAGCGCAGCGCUUCGCGUUACUCGCAACGGUCCAAGUUCGCUUCUGCCAGCGACGCCCAUCUCACUGGCUCGGAGACCUCAGUCACAGACGGCACUCUAGUUCCUGUCAUGGCAGUUGCUCUUGGCCCGUUGGCCAACAUCCCGCUCGACGUUGUCCGGGAGGUUUUCACGCAUGGCAUCAUCUACGGGAUGACCGUAGACGAUAAGGAGGACCGCGCAGAGCUUCGCACAAACAUCUCCAUGGUCUGUCGCCAAUGGAGGGAGAUAGCGUUGACCACCCCGCUUCUCUGGUCGCUCGUUUACAUCUCGCUGGCCAGACCUCCUUCCCACGAGUCAUUGGAGUUGGCUUUGGCGCGGUCCGGGACGCAAAAUUUGGACAUCACCAUCCGCUCUGAAGGCUGUGACGCCGACGAAGAGUCUGGCUUAGCUACCAAAGCCAUGAAGCUGCUGACUCCGCACAUCCGGCGGUGGAAGCUGAUCCAUAUCACUCUCGACGACCUAGUGAACGUCAAGGAGGUCGUGUCCUCUCACUUCAGAGGGACGGCAGACGCACUAGACGAGAUCUUCCUGUGCAGCGAGCCGGAGAGCACCAGCGACCCUUACGCCGAGGUCGUUCUGCAUCCGACAUUCGUCGCACCCAAACUCCGCGUGUUCGUGCUUUACGACAUAGCGCUCAUGAAGGGCUCCGCGAGGCUGCCGAAACACUUCCCUGCGUUGGACGAGCUUUCACUCGUACGCUCCAGCUUCUCCGAGGCCCCAGGUGCCAACUGGCCCAAGCUCAUGGGAAUCCUCAAGAAUUUCAAAAACCUGCGCUCCUUUAAUUAUGGCCUUGAUUCAGAGGACGCCGACGACGACGAUGAUGAUGACGGCGACGGUGAUGACGAAGAUGAUGAAGGGGAUGAUGAGGCCAACAUCGACGUUAGCUCCUUGCCCUCCCUGCCAGCUCUCGAAGAGCUUAUCGUCCAUUACAUGAACCUGCGCGGUAUAAACAAGCUGCUCGGUGCCUUCACCGCUCCCCGGCUUUCAAAACUCGAGAUCGCCUCGUACCAGUCUGCCGACGACGAAGAGGAGCGCCUUCCGAAAACCAAAGCGCUCCUAGGACGCUUCCCGUCCUUGGGCACCCUCAGAUUUGACGACUCGGCCGAGGCCUUUGACAUCGAAAACGUCCAAUAUCUGGCCGACGGUCUCGAGCGUCUCGAGGUGGCAAACGUCGACCUCGAGCCUCUGCUUCAGAUGUUCACGAAGCGGGUGGCGCGAUCCAAGCGCCCCAUUCCAAGGUUGAAGAGCCUGGAACUGCACUCGGAAAAGGUCGUCCCGGUAUCUGCGCUGCGAAAGCUGGUGGAGGCAUGUGCUACUGCCGGCCAUGCUAUCGAGAGCGCUGCCGUCCAUACCACGGCGGAAUGUCCCAAGGAUGACCUUAGCUGGUUCGAGGGCAACCUACAAAACUUCAACUGGACGUCAGUGUCCGACACAUACGCGGCUGUCUGGGGCUCUGUGACGUUACUAUACGGCCCAAAAGCUUGAUAGCGUGUCGUCCACGACAAUCAUCAUUUAUGUCCUGACAUUCAUGAGCUCCACCGCUCUGUCUUUAUGUUUGUGGAUCACCGUCUGUCUCACUCGCCACCGGGUCACUAUGGUAGUGUUACAUACUACGGUGUACAGGUGCUGCUUUUGUCUGUUGUAUACUGCUCUAUACAACUUCCAAGUAAUCAAAUCGAUCAGUGUACUAUGUCA